GGAGCCCCAGGCCGAGCCACGCGGGCUCCGGGGCCGGGCGGGCGGGGCGCGAUGGCGACUUGGCGGCGGGACGGCCGGCUGACGGGCAGCCAGCGGCUGCUGUGCGCCGGGCUGGCGGGGGCGCUCAGCCUCAGCGUCACCGCGCCGCUGGAGCUCGCCACCGUGCUGGCACAGGUCAACGGAGCGCGGGGGCCGUGGGCCGCGGGGCUGCGCGCGUGGCGGGCCGAGGGGCCCCGCGCCCUGUGGAAGGGGAACGCGCUGGCGUGCCUGCGCCUCUUCCCCUGCAGCGCCGUGCAACUCGCCGCCUACCGCAAGUUUGUCGUGUUGUUCACGGAUGACCUGGGCCAUAUUUCCCAGUGGAGCUCCAUCAUGGCUGGGAGUCUCGCAGGCAUGGUUUCUACCAUUGUGACAUAUCCUACAGACCUCAUCAAAACCCGCUUGAUUGUGCAGAACAUGCUGGAACCGUCUUACAGGGGUAUCCUCCAUGCUUUUUCUACUGUUUAUCAACAGGAAGGGUUCCUGGCCCUUUAUCGAGGGGUUUCCCUUACUGUUUUAGGCGCUCUCCCGUUCUCUGCUGGCUCCCUUCUAGUGUACAUGAACCUGGAGAAAAUCUGGAACGGACCCCGAGAUCGGUUCUCUCUCCUCCAGAACUUUGCCAAUGUCUGCCUGGCUGCUGCCGUGACCCAAACCCUCUCCUUUCCCUUCGACACGGUGAAGAGAAAGAUGCAGCUGCCACCGCCUGGUACAUCAGUGCAGCCUCGUAACGCCUGCUCUCGCUGCAGCUUCCGCAGCGAGGACACGGCACUUUUUUGCCUUCAUAGCCGCUCCUUACCUCAGCGAAACAGGCUGGAAAGAACCCAAAUAAGCCGGGAACUAUCGACAACAAUGGUCCAGUAGUGCCUGACUCCCUUGCUGAGGAAAUAACUGCAUUUGAAAUGGGUCGGUGUCUCAGUCGAAUUGGCCCUGCAUUUUCCUAAUUGUCACCUGGGAAAACUCACAUUUUCUUUAUAGACCAUAGAGGCAAAAGCCUGCUAUCAGAGGUCCCGAAGUGAGUAAUUGGCUUAACCUAGAAUCAGCCAAUUUUGAUCAAAAUAAAGUCAGAGUGGUCCAAGUAAGGUUGGGGGUGACAGGCAGGUCUGCACAGUGGGGGCGGGCUCCGAAUCACCUAGGGCUGAGGCUUCGCAUCCCCCGAGUCCUGCUCCCUGUCCGCUGGCCUCCCUGAAAACUCCACAGCCAGAGGCGCGCCUGCCUCCUGGCCUCCGCUGGGCAAAUCUUAGUGUAUACAACUGAUAUAUUCCUGAAGAGCUGCUUGGAUAUUAUUUUGGGGUCGGUUGAAUCCAAUUUUAAAUGAUCAGUCCCAGCUGAGUUUGUUUUUCUGCGUGUCUCUAACUUGUCCCUCUGCUGCUCAGUCGCCCCCGGGUUUCUCUCUGUGGCUUUCUUGGCUGGGCUGGGCCUCACUUACCUCAGCACUAAAAAUCAGGAAAGUACAGUCUGGCCCUCUGUAACUGGGGGUUCGACAGCCUGGUUUCUGCAUCCGCAGAUUCAACCAACGGCAGAUGGAAAGGCCUACCAUAAUUGUAUCUGUCCUGAACUUGUACAAACUCUUUUUUCUUGUCAUGAUUCCGGAAACAAUACAGUAUAACAGCUAUAUAGCAUUUACAUUGUAUUCGGUAUUAUAAGUAAUCUACAGAUGAUUUAAAUUAUACGGGAGGAUGUGCAUAGGUUAUAUGCAAAUACUAUGCCGUUUCAUUGAUAGAAUAAAUAACUUGAGUGUCUGUGGAUUUUCCUUUCCUCCGGAACCCGUCCCCCAUGGA